UGGGUUGACAGGUGCGUGACAAUCGGAGCUCUCUGCAAGCAUGUACGCCAAAGGCAAGAGUAACAACGUACCGUCCGACAGCCAAGCGAGGGAAAAGCUAGCGCUCUACGUGUACGAGUACUUGUUACAUGUAGGAGCCCAGAAGUCAGCACAGACCUUCCUAUCAGAGAUAAGAUGGGAGAAGAACAUAACGUUAGGAGAACCUCCUGGAUUUCUACAUUCGUGGUGGUGUGUAUUCUGGGAUUUGUAUUGUGCGGCACCUGAGCGGAGAGAAAACUGCGAGCAUUCCAGUGAAGCCAAGGCAUUUCAUGACUACAGCGCAGCAGCGGCUCCAAGUCCUGUUCUUGGAAACAUGCAGCCAGGAGAAGGGAUGCCAGUCGGCCCUGUUCCUCCAGGCUUCUUUCAGCCCUUCAUGUCAUCUCGUUAUCCCGGUGGCCCCAGACCUGCUCUCAGAAUACCAAACCAGGCUUUAGCUGGAGUUCCUGGAAACCAGCCGUUGAUCGACCCGUCACGACAGCAGGGUCAUCCAAAUAUGGGCGGGGCUAUGCAGAGAAUGACUCCGCCCAGAGGGAUGGUUCCUCUGGGGCCACAGUAUGGAGGAGGCAUGAGACCGCCACUCAACGCCCUCGGUGGACCCCCAAUGAACAUGGGUCCUGGAGGAAGACCGUGGCCUAAUCCACCAAACUCCAACUCGAUCCCGUAUUCAUCAGCGUCUCCUGGCAGUUACGUGGGUCCACCAGGAGGAGGAGGGCCGCCAGGGACACCCAUCAUGCCCAGCCCGGCAGACUCAACAAACUCUGGAGAAAACAUGUACACCAUUAUCAACACAGUGCCGCCCGGAGCAAACCGGCAAAAUUUUCCUCUGGGUGCGGGUGGCGAGGGGCCGAUGGGGGGUCUGGCAGGACUGGAGCCGCAUCAUAUGAACGGAUCAUUAGGCUCAGCUGAUAUGGACAGUAUGCCCAAAAACUCUCCUGGUAACCUGAGCAUGAGCAACCAGCCUGGGACGCCACGGGAUGAUGGAGAAAUGGCCGGAAAUUUCCUCAACCCUUUCCAGAACGAGAGCUAUUCUCCGAACAUGACCAUGAGUGUGUGAAGAGUUCUUCUGUUGGAGAUCCAGCACUGCUCAUGGAUGUUCUGAAGCGCUGUAGCCUGAGCUCUUCUGCUCUCUGAAGAUCAAGGGUCCAAGACUCUCCGUCCUCCUCUCUCCUUCUGCCGUUUCUUUCAUUUCCAGAAUCAUCCUUUCAGCCGAAGCCGUCCAGAUGAUGAAUCAACAGCCUGUCUAUAUUUACCUACAGUACUGUGCAAAAGUCUUGAGGCUACUAGUAUUUUCACCCCCAAUAAAAGGUUUGAAGUGGGUUACUUCUAUAUUUUUCUGUAGCAUGUCAGUAUGAAAGAUCAAUUUACAUUCCUAAACAUUAUUUUUGCCACAUAAUUGUGAGAUUAUUUGCAGUCUUUGUGGAAUGACAAUGAAGAAGCAGAACAAACUGAGACAAAUCCAGAAGAUCUUUGGCAACAUCUCCAAGAUGCUUCAGAAAAUCGACCUGCAAAGCUACAGUACUGUUCAAAGUUUUAUACACUUGUGUAAAAAUGCUCUAAAAUGAAGAUGCUUUCAAAAAUAAUGCAUUCAUAUGUUUUAUAUAUCAAUUAGCUUAUAUUAACUAACUCAAAUCAGCCUUUGGAGCACACUUUGCAUUUAAAACACUUGCUACUCUUGCCCAGAGUUUCUCAGGUAGCUUUGCAGGUGGGUUUUCUGAAGCAUCUUCGAGAUGUUGCCAAAGUUCUUCUCAGUUUGUUCUGUUUCUUCAUGCCAUUCCAGACAGACUGCAUAUAAUCUGACUGUAGGAGUACAAUUAAUGGCAAACAUGUUGGAGUUUCUAAAAAGAGAAACCUCCAUUUUAAAUUUGGAAAGAAAUAGAUAUGCCACCUUUGGCAUCUCUGCAAAAUUUGAUAAAAUGUGGGAUCCAGUCUUUUUUAAAGACACAUAUAGUCCCAAUCCCAAUUCUACCCCUUAGCCCUUCCCCUUACCCCUCGUUUUGCGCAUUCAUGUGAAGGGGUAGUAGUGUCCCAUUCUCUUUAGCUUGAAGGUGUAGGGUAGAUACCCCUUCGAACUGAGAUUUUUCAGGAGCACACUCGAAACCAAGCGGUAAGAAAAUUUCCCAAAAUACACCAGCCACAACCGCUGCAUAGCUGCACCUGGAAGUAAGGAGAUCCACAAAUUAGUAUUUUUUUGUCAUAAUUACAACAAACAAGCACAUGUUUUAAUAUAUUCAUAACCGUGUUCGUGUUUUACCGUCAUGCUUUAAAAAAAAAAAAAGCUAAUAUAAAAACCACUAUAUUACACUAUAUCUAUAAUCCAUUAUCAUAACUCCUGUAUAGCAGUCCCACUACAUUCUGACACUCAAUGACACUGGAAUCCCCUGUCAGUAAUGUCUAGUGUCUGGGAAUGAGCUUUUUACAGUGUCUGCUAUAAUGUUAAUGUUGUUUUUGUAGUGUUUACAUGAUGAAUAUGGCCACUGUGUAAAUGCACAGUAUAGUUACGAUCUUAUUGCCACAUUAGAUUAUGAUAACAUGAUAUAUGCCUUCAGUGAUCUCCUGAAGAUAAAUACCAAAAAUUAACACAACUGGAAUAACUACAGCAGUCGUGAUCAUCUGAUCUCAUAUGAAGCAAGAGCUCGUGAUGACAUCUGAUGACGUGUGCAGGUGCUGUAGUGCUGUCCCACUUUUUAGGGGUAAAUUUUAAAGCCCUUCCCCUUCACACUCGGUUUUAAGGGCCAAGAGGAAGGGGUACAAAAAUAGAAUUAGGAUUGGGCCUAAGACUAAUAAUAUUUAAUUUCUGAAGAUUUGUAAAUUGUUGUUUUUUUUCUCUCUUUUUACAUCCAUCGCAGUGCCUUUUUGUAGGUCAUAUAUGUCUUGUAUGUUGCCAUUGUCCCUUGUUUCAUGCUUUAUUUUACAUUUUGCACAGAUUGUUGACAUGAUGGGUUUG